AUGGCGAAAACAGCUUUCAUCACCGGUGCAAACGGCAUCAGCGGUAGUGCCAUUAUCGAAUAUCUCUGUAACAAAACCACCUCUGACGACUGGGACUCAAUCAUUGUCACAUCGAGGAGUUUGUUCAACUCCACCAUCACGGACCCUCGAAUCAAGUUCAUUGCUCUCGAUUUCACGCAUGAUAUUUCCUACUUAGCCGAGAAGAUGAAGGAGAUCUGCGCCCCUGUCAGUCAUGCGUACUACUGUUCCUACCUUCACAAGGACGAUUUUGCAGAGUCUUACGCCGCCAACAAAACUCUAUUCGAGAACUUCUUGACUGCCAUCAACGAGACAGCCCCCAACUUAGAGAAUAUUACACUCCAGACUGGCGGAAAGUACUAUAACUUGCAUGUCGAGCCCGUGCCGUCUCCAGCGCGGGAAACCGACGCGCGUCGCUAUGGACCAUUUGAAAACUUCUAUUUCCCCCAAGAAGAUAUCCUAGCAGAGAUGCAGCGUGGCAAGGCCUGGUCGUGGAAUGUCAUCCGCCCCGAGGCCAUCAUAGGUGCAAACUCGCAGCCAUAUGGCCUGAACGAGGCCCUGACCAUCGCCAUGUACUUUUUGAUCUGUCGCGAGCUGGGUACCGCCGCCCCAAUGCCGACAAACCAGCGAUACUGGGAGGGCACUGAGGACGUGUCGUACGCACCUUUGAUCGCCGACCUCACUAUAUUCGUGUCGACGCGGAAGUCGUGUGCCAACGAGGCAUUCAACGUCACUAAUGGCGAUCACUUUUCCUGGCGCUAUAUGUGGCCGCGUCUCGCCGCAAGUAUCGGCGCCAAAGCCGAUUCACAGCAGGAUUUCAAAAAAGCAGUGCCUAGAGAGGGCGAGUUGCAGCUUGAGUGGAGCCUGGCCGAGUGGUGUCAGGAUAAGCGUAAGGUAUGGGAUGGCUUGUGCGAUCGUCAGGGUUUGCCAGGUGCCAAAGCGACCUUUGAUCUUGCUGGUUGGAUGAUUGGGGAUUUUCUUUAUCAGCGAACGUGGAGUGCAACACUGAGCGUGAAUAAAGCGCGGCGUUUUGGAUGGACUGGUCACAUUGAUUCCUAUCAAUCAUUUAUCGAUACGUUCGAUAAGCUUAGACAGCUCGGAUUGAUACCCAAGUAA